AAUCUUUUUUAUUCCUUAAAUCUAAUUCCCGCCGAGAGAUUGAAUCAGAGAGAGAGAUGGAGGAAGAGAUGAAGAGGUUGAGCAAGAGCUUGGGAGGAUUCUGCAACCAUCUCCAAAGCAGCUGCGAUGCUUUCAAUCAAUCUCUCACGCGCCGCCCUAUCCCUCUCGGUCUGUCUGCUUCUCUCUCUCUUUCCCCUUUCUCACUAAACCCUAAAGUCACAACCUUUCUCGAUUCCUUUGGUGCAGAUUCGGCUUCGUCGACUUUCAUCAAGAGCCUUAACCGUCGGUUAUCGACAGCUGGCUCCGAGCUGAACUUCCUUGAGUCAAUGUCUUUUGGAACUGUCUCCUUCGAGGAGCUUCUGGGUCAUUGCAAUCAGAUCUAUAAGAGUAACCAAGAGGAGGUUCUGAAUCUCCAGGAACGUCUCGCUGACUUUGGCUACGUUGCUGGAGUUGAGAUUGAUGAGGGUAAGGAUGAAGAGUCUGAGGAUGAUUCGGAGUCUCCUUCAUUGCAACGUUCAGUCCUGAAAAGAUUAGACGAGGAUGAUCUUCUAGAUGAUUCGCCAAAUUUCAAGAGCCUUGGGCUUUCGGAUGCUUGUCUUGCAACUUUAGCUUCGGAAAGUAAGGCAGCGAGGUUUGUGUCAUCCGCUGUGAAGGAUCCUUACACGUCUCUGGAGGAAUCAGUGAAGGGCAAACCAGCUGAGAGUAGUGCUCUACCUGUUACCAAGACGUCGGAGUUUUCAAAUGAAGAUGAGAAUGGGGCAGUAGAGAUGGGUAGGACUUCAAGGCCAACUAUAACAUUGAUAAAAGACGAAUAUGAAAGUCUUCCUUCUUUCAUGAAGGCUCUAGCAUCAUGGGAGGAUCUGCUCAGUGCCGUGGAGAAAUUCAACUCAGUCCUUUGUAGCAAGAAAGAAACAAACGGGUCUUACUACUUCCGUGCAGAUGAACUGCCAACUCUUGGCCUUGGGCAUAAGGAGAAAGCGUACACAUUGCUACUGACACGGAUGAAGAGAUUAGUUGUUGAGACAACGGAGGGUGUUGUAUCCUACAGAGUUGCAUAGUGCUAUCAUCAACACAGUUUGAUAUUUCAUACAGGAGUUAAAUAUUCAAAUCGAAGCACCUUUUAUCUAUUGACUUGUGUAUCAGUAGUCAAAAACAUCUUAAACCAGAAAUCCCUUUUAAAAUUACAAAUGUUUCGGUAUUCUA